ACGUGUGAAGUUCUGCUUGCAAGAAAAAGGAUUACUUCGUACUGCAUCCAUGAAAGCAAAGCAGCGCGGAGCCUCCUUUGGAACACUAUGAGUCUAUAACACCUCUCAAGAAAAAAAUCUCUGCACUGUCAAAUUUUCGUAAUGGGUCGCUUCAUCAUAUUCAAUACUGCUCAACUUUGCGGAAUAACAUGGUGGAUUCAAAAUCAUCACCGUUCCAUUUCUUCGCCAACCACUAAUAGUAUCCUCUCUCUUAUGCGAUUCAGGCAAUGCUCAUCAACAAGUCCAGAAUCAUCCAGAAUCCCAUUAUUCACCCCAUUAUCGCCGAAUCUUAGAAAUUACUGCCGCGGAGUAGGAUCGCAGAAGGAAAGGAGUGAGAAGCACGAAAUGGCAAGGAAGCUCGCGAGAAACGUCGAGAUUCUUACUUGUCCUUCUUCUGCUCAGGCUGGCUUUUGCGAUGUCUAUGUGGUUGGCACAGUUCAUAUUUCUCAGAAAUCAUGCGAGGAGGUCCAGGAAAUAAUCAAAUUUUUAAGACCAGAGGUUGUCUUUUUAGAAUUGUGCGGAAGCCGCAAAGCUGUUCUUUCUAGACAUCUGAAGUUCAAGGUACCCACUGUAGGAGAAAUGACCGCAGGUGCAAGGAAACACGGUAUUCUUGCGGUACUUGUGGGCUGGUUUUAUGCCAAGGUCGCUUGUGAGCUUAAGGUCAUUCCAGGUUCUGAGUUUCGUGUGGCAUAUGAAGAAGCAAUCAAGUAUGGCGGCAGGAUGAUACUUGGCGAUCGCCCUGCAAAGAUUACAGCGCUUAGAACAUGGAGAUUAAUGCCACUUAGGGAGAAGAUAAAAUUAUUGGCUAGUUUCCUUUAUAUAGCAGUUUUUAUCUCCAGCCCUGAGGUUCAAGAAAAACUGCUAAAGAAAAUGAAAUAUGUAAUUGACAUGCAAGCACUCAUGUUUCAAGUAUUCAGUAAGGAGUUUCCAUCUUUAACGGAGACCCUUGUGCAUGAACGAGAUCAGGAAUCAUCUUGGAUAUGGAAGCCACCCUCAGGAUCUGAAUAUAAAUACCAGAGACGUACCAGAGUUUACCUCUUGUCUUUAGGAUAUGUAGACACAAAUAUUUUGUCAGCAGUAGUAGGAUGUUAUUUGGUCGCCUGCCAGUCAAUCCUGUAUUUGAUGCUGACCUUGACGACCUUGGCCAAUAAUCUCUAAUUCUCUAUAUUGUAGUCUUAGCAUCAUGAAUGUCAACCUUAUUGGGAAUUUUUUUUUUUUAAUACAAAAGCCACGAUGAAAUUGUGCAAGAAUAAAACAAAACUUGGUUAAAUCAGCUAAUAACAAGUUUUUGCACCCUGAGGGUGGAUCAUCAUAGAUAGUAGUAGCAUCAAACUUGUCUUGAUUUGCUUGGUGAGCUAACCAAUUGGCACGAGUGUUUGCUUCUUUGAAUACAUGGUCAAUUAUGACAAACUAGUUGCUCUAUGAUGACCUCAUUGGGAUGUUGUGGUUAUAGUAUCACAAUCACUCAGCUUUGGGCCUUGCAGCCCAUGACACUCUUGUCUCCUCUUAGUAGCAGGUGCAGCAGAUUGAGUCCUGCUAUGAACAUGCUGAAUGGGCCCACUAGCCCCAUCAACUUCAUUUACAUAAAUAAAGUAAAAGUAAUGGAAGCUUUUGCAAUAUAUAUCAAAUGUCAAGGGAGCUGAGUGUUAUUUGUGAAAUAAGAGAUGUUUCAAAUAUGACUCAAGUAAUUAUUAUGGAGCAAUUAUUAUUAUUCUCAAUAUCAUUUACUCUUAAGUUUGUGAAUGGUUUUCUGUGAAUUUCACAUCUAGGAUUUAUACAUACAACAUAUCUCACCAUCGAGAUUGAAUUUGUUAUUAUUUGCAUUUUCUAGUUAAGAAAAAGGAUAAAUUCUUUUUGGGAAGAAAGGUUUCCUAUUCCAUGUCCGAUUAUCAUUUGGUUUUGCUAGUCUUACGUCAUAAGAAUUGUGAAUAAUUUUGUUGAAGAUCAUCGUUUUCAUCAUAAUUCAUAAAUGAUCUGCUCGCACCUAAAGUUAAAGCACCAGUU